AUGCACGAGCCCGACGACAGCCACGGCCUGGCCCUCGCCAUGACGGAGGGGAUGCUGCCGAACCCGGACAUCAUCUCCUUCAUCGGCGAUUGCGGCAGACUGGCCAUCGCCCCCCAAGGCCGUCCGGAAUCGGGACGAAACAGCAGGCGCGCUCUCGGCAAAGCUGUCGUCUCGGGUGGCGGGAGGAUUCGGUCUCGUGUUUUAUUUUUGGAUGAAAGGCGGGUUGGAGGAUGA